AUGUCGCUAAACCCACCCGCGGGUUACGGCACCAACACCGCCGCUCAAACCUCCGCCACCAAAGACCUCACCCUUGACUCGCCCUCCCAACCCGUGCACCCCACGCGCCGCCCAUGGUCCGAGCUCUUCUCCCCCUCCGCCUUCUCCGCCCCUUACAGCUACGCCGACGCCAAGAGCCGCGCGAAGCACAACCUCAGCUACUUCCGCCUCAACUACGCCAUGGUGGUGCUCUUCAUCGUCUUCCUCAGCCUCUUAUGGCACCCCGUCUCCAUGAUCGUCUUCCUCAUCAUCCUCAUCUACUGGGUCUUCGGUUACUUCUCACGCGCCCCCGGCCCCGUCGUCCUCUUUAACCGGAGCUUCGACGACGGCGCCGUCCUCUUCGCCCUCAGCCUCCUCACCGUGGUGGCGCUUGUGCUCACGCACGUGGGAGUGAAUGUGCUGGUCUCUCUGGUUGUUGCCGUGGUGGUUGUGGGCCUCCACGCCGCGUUCCGGGGCACCGAAGACUUGUAUUCUCACGAAGAACAAGACUGGGAUGCUGAAGGCGGGUUAGUCUCCGUUGUUGGAUCAGAGCCGUCGCGCCCGGCCAUUACUCGGUUUUGAUUUCGAAUGUUUUUUCUCCACGGAUGUUGUCGAAAACUUGAUGUAUAAAAAAACUCGAUCGAGUUCGAAACAAGUUGACAUUUGAUCACUUUAGUUCCGGAUUUCCAUUUUUUGUUGUUGUUGUUGUGAUGUGGUCUUAACUGAAUUAUUGAAACAUGAAUUUGUUAG